AUGGGUGUCCUGAGGACUCUGCUCCUCCUCACCUACAUCUUCUGGAGGGUGGGCAAGCUUAUUGUGGCCAUGGCGGCCGGCGUGAGCUCCCUCCAUAGCUAUGAGGUGAGUACUUUAAUAAAGCCCUCCUUUUCCCCUAUGCUUCUUCCUUGCCUGCUCCAUUGCUCUGUGGGUUGCAUGGUGCUGCUCCCAUCCAAAUCGAGCCAAGGAAGUAGCAUAGUUACCAAGAGCAUCGUCAACACCGGCGACCUCGACCCGCUGUGUACCUGCGCCGGUGCCUGCUGCACUACUGGAUCUGCUGGUUCUCCACCCGGAGUUCUGGCAGAAGCCACGGUCGCGGCCAAGGGGCAUGGAGGCAGGGAGACCGGGGAGCCACCAAGGAAGGGCGAGGACGACCACAUCGAGCUCGGCGGCGGUGCGCCACCCGUGUUGGCGCUGCUGCUCGUCAUGGGGGCUCUCACGGGCGUCCUCCACACCGGUAAUCGACGACGGUGGCUGGGAGGAGGCCAGCGGGGCCUGCUACGGACCCAGCCAUAG